AUGAAGGUACACCUGUUCGGUGCAGUGAGCUCACCAAGUAUCGCCAACUACGCACUUAGACGCGUUGCAGAUGAAGGAAACAACUUAAGUUCAGAAGUCGCCCAUACAAUUAAGCGGAACUUCUAUGUUGAUGACUGUCUAAAGUCUGUACCGAACGCCACCAAAGCCAGUUCUCUGAUUGCUGAACUGACUGCCGCCUGCAGGGGCUGUGGAUUCAAACUGUGUAAAUAUACUAGUAAUGACGUCUCUGUCCUAAACACCAUCCCAGCUGACGAUCGAUCUAAAGAGUUAAAGACAAGAGACAUCAAUUAUGACCCACUGCCUACCGAGCACGCCCUCGGAAUACUUUGGGUCGUCGAAACAGACACAUUUGGCUUCUCAGUGUUGUUGCCAGACAAACCGCUGACAAGAAGAGGCAUUCUCUCCAUAGUAUCAUCCAUCUAUGACCCCCUUGGUUUUGCUGCUCCAUUUGUGCUGCCGGCAAAGCAAAUACUGCAAGACCUCUGCAAAGAAACCACUCUCACCUGGGAUGACGAAGUGCCUGAUGAUCACCAGCGACGUUUCAAACAAUGGAUUAGCGAAGCCCCGAACCUUCAGAAGAUAACAAUCCCGAGAUGUCUAAAGUUACCACAGCAAGCAAAAGAUACGGUGUUUCAGAUGCACGUUUUCUCAGAUGCCAGUGCAUCUGGGUAUGGCGCUGUUGCAUACCUAACCUCAAACGAGGGUGGAUGUUCGAAAACUUCAUUUCUCAUCGGAAAAGCAAGGGUUGCUCCAUUGAAAGCAACAUCUAUCCCACGGCUUGAACUCACAGCGGCUGCUGUAGCUGUAAAUUUAGGACAGAAAAUGACCCUUGAGCUUGAUCUCCAUCUCAACGAUAUCUGCUAUUACACAGAUUCAACAACAGUCCUUUAUUACAUCAGAGCUGAGAGAAAGCGUUUUCCAGUGUUUGUGGCCAACAGAGUCCGUCAAAUAAGAGACUUCAGCAACGCUAACCAGUGGAAGUACGUUAGCACUGAUUUGAACCCAGCAGACGUUGCAUCACGUGGGGUAGGUUCUGUGAUAUCGUCAGACAUGACUCAUUGGCUGGAAGGUCCGGAUUUCUUGAAUAUGCCGGCUUCAGAAUGCCCUGCAAAGAUGCACCCCAUCAGUGAACCGCAGGUUAUAGAAGAAGACUUUAUGUCUUUAGCUACUACUGCUACAUCAGAAGAAGGCUCACCGUUUAUGUCUUUAAUCACCCAUUUCUCCAGGUGGGAGAGACUGAAGAGAGCAGUAGCAGUAUUCAUAGCAUUUUUGGCUUUCUUACAAAACAAAGAACAAACUAUAAAUUUAAGGACCACACAGAUCAUGCAAAAGGCUGAAAAGGCAAUAGUUUGCUUUAUACAAAAGAUCACCUUUGCAAACGAGGUCGAGAAUCUCAAGAAAACAACCAUGAAAGAAGACAAGAGAGAACACUCACUACCAAAAACAUGUAAGAUAUUCCGUCUCGACCCAGUGCUCAUCGACGGAACUCUGCGAGUGGGAGGACGCCUCUCGAAAGCCGCAAUGGACUCUGACGUGAAACAUCCAAUGCUACUGCCACAACACUCGCACGUCACGACUCUAAUUGUACGAGAUGCUCAUGAGAAACUCGGCCAUGCUGGUAGAAAUCACACCAUUGCAGCAAUUAGAGAACGCUUUUGGAUUGUUUCAAUCAACUCUGCUGUCCGACGUCAACUCCACAAAUGCAUAACGUGCAGAAAAAUAAGAAAGCCAUGCCAAGAGCAAAAAAUGUCCGACUUACCUCAAGAUCGUCUCGAGCCAGCUCCACCAUUUACAUUCACAGGCGUAGACUUCUUCGGGCCGUUCAUUAUAAAAGAGGGACGCAAGGAGCUCAAACGUUACGGCGUCAUAUUCACUGUCUUGUCAGUCGCUCCAUUCAUCUGGAAGCUGCUAACAGUCUCGAAACAGAUUCCUUUAUUCACUGCUUGCAACGCUUCAUAG